UGAACAUUAAUAAUAAUUAAGUGUCUUAGAAAGAUGCUCUGUAAACAUGUAGGCACCUUGAUCCUGAAUAAGUAGACUUAUUUUCAAUUUGCAGUGCCACAGCUACCGAUCUUAGAACUCUAGUUUAGUCUCGACGACCUUUCACCUUUCACAUGGCUAACUUUAUGAGGCUCGACUUACUCUAUGCUGAUAUCCAUUGGCGUAUAAACUACCUACGACCCGCGGGUCAUAUCCGGCCCGCCACUGCCAUCAAUCCGGCCCGCGACAGCUUAAGACUAUGCUUAUUUUUGCUUAGGCUUCCCAAGCUUCCAAGGCUUCAGUUUGGAGACUCCUGAGCUAGAGUAAGCCUAAGCGCAGACCAUCGAUUUUUCGUCGGCCGGUAGUUAAGUCGGGCAGUUGAUCAGUAUGGGCAUGUAUGGAAGUGCGCACACUUUGAUUUGGCCGAUUCUUCAUACAAUUUAAAAUAGGGCACAACUAUCGGCCAACUAAAAAUCGAUGGUCUGCGCCUAGUCUAAGGGCACAAGACCAUUCUGGGCUCUGGGAUGGGCCGUGCCCAUUUUAUUAUUUUGAUCUUUUAAAAGAUACAUUUUCAAAAAGAAACUUAUUCUGAAUUGAGAUUUUUAGCUUUAAGUAGAAGAUUGCUCAUCUUAAAGCUACAAUCUCAAUCAAGGCCGGGCAGUAAUCGUGUCUUUAGUACACAAUUUACUUAUUAAAUAUGUUAUGGUGAUGGCGCACAAAAGCUUGCCUGCCUGCCUAUCAUUGUUAACAUUACAUUGACUGGGUAGGUAUUAAAUUUCAUCAUGCAUUUUAUUUGUACAUACAGUCAACAGCAUAUGACUCUAAUUUUUUGUUUUAAAAUAGCACCUAUUUACAUCCUACAUAAAAUCCCAUAGUUUACUUUACUGUCGUCUGUUCGUUACAACAACCUUCGUAGUAAAAACUAAACAGACAGACAACGGACUUAUCGCUUCGAUCAUCACGCAGUGAAAUUUAAUUUAGUAAAAGGUCACUUCCACUAAAUUAAAAAUGUGUAGGUACUUUGUUGUGGACACAUUAAGCUAUUAAGUUGUUUCAUCAAUUUUCGCGAGUACUUCAUCGGUAACAUUAGUUGAAGAGCUUUCGACACAGUUGGACAUUUAUUUUUACAAUGAUAAAAGUAAAUAUGAGAGAGCGUACAGCUAAUGAUCGCUUUUCGAUAAAAAAUCCUUUAAGUUGUUUGUUGUAUUUAUUUUCCUUAAGUACUAAUUCUCGUCGAGAAUUAAACUCUAAUUCACACCUUUCUGUAAUAAAAAUAGUUAUAACAGGCGUCUUGUUUUGUGUGUUGACAGUGUUAAGUAUAUACUACAGAAUUAACAAGGUGUACAGUGAUUUAACCGUAUCGGUCAGACUGACAGAUUUAGUACAAGCAAUAUACGAUUACUUUCAAUUUAACGUGGACUUAUACUUCGUGUAUAAAUAUGGCAGACGUUAUUACCAAGAAUACUAUAAACAGUAUACUACCAUCGACCAAGUUUUAGGCGAGUGCAGCUGUAGCCCUAUUAGAGCAAAAAUUAACAAAUUAGUUUUUUUGUUUGCUUCGUUUUGGGUGGCCGUUUCGGCCGUGGAUUGUUUUGUAUGGGUUUCAACAUACGGGUGGAUGAUCCCUUUUGCUUUUUCAUUGACGUACAUAUAUCUUCUUCUAAAAAUUCUCACUAAUUUAGAUUUUACUUACCAAACUAUGCACAUUGAAGUUCGCUUGGGAAUCAUGCGGAAUUUGAUAUUAACUCAAUACCUUGACUGCGAUUCAUUGUCUGGGGCGACAUCCGACCCAGUCGAAAACAAAAAUUGGUUUUAUUGCAACUCUUCAUCAUUCAAACGUCGAGAAUUUCCGAAGAACAGUCACUCUGGAAUACAAUGGCUCAGCAGAUGUUACUUGCUGUUGAUAGAACAAAGCAGGUUCAUAAAUCAAAAGUUCGGAUUCAGGGUAAGGAAUCAUAAGAUCAAAGGCUUCUUUUGUUCUGAAUAUUGCUCACCAAUUUCGUGACACUUCUCAACAACUAUAAUAAUUCAGCCGAUUGUGAGCGAAUGAGUGGACGUCCUUUGUCGCGUGCGAAGCCUACGAGGAUGUUGUGUCACAGUCUAACACUAAUAAAUUUCUUUUAAAACUCUUCUAGUACCUACUAGCUAUUUUCAAUCUAAGUUAAACAUAU